ACAACUGUUUCCGGCUGUAGCCUACACCAACAUUUCUUUUUAUGCACGGGUUAGAGAAAUUAAGUUAUUUAUAAAUAUUGAACGGACCUAUCUCAGGUAUUAUUUGAAAUAAAUAGAAAUUAAAUGCAACGCCGUAUAUGUGUUAUCGCGUAAGCGCAAAUUAUAUGGACCUCAUUAUACAAUAUUGCAAAUUGUGAAUUUUGCGGGAGUCUCCUGCAGCGGACAUGGAAUCUUAGCAUUGGUGUUGCAUGAAUCGUGUCAAGAUGGUUGCAUGUUUAUGAUUUGGCGCAAGGUUUACCUUGAACGAUGUUGGAUUUGUAUAAAAACACCUGUUAAACAUGUUUAUGUAGAAAAUCGGAACGUAGCACAUAUAUACAUUGACAGUAAUUAGAUUUGGCCUCGUUAUUUGGAAACGCAGUUACGAACCAAAAUUUAUUUAGGCCUAAGUGCAUUUACUGCACUAUACUAAUUUUAGAGCUAGGCUUCCCCAUGUGAGUCUGAAGAACAGCAGGGAGCUGAUACAUUCCAAACAACAUCUGGAAUGGAUUCACAGCAGCAGUUCUGUCUUAAGUGGAACAGUUUUGGCAGCAAUCUAGCAACAACAUUUGGAAACUUAUUUCGAUCCGAGAGCUUAACAGACGUUACAUUGUUUUGUGAAGGUGUCACAUUUAAAGCACAUAAAUUGAUCUUAGCAGCGUGCAGCAAGCACUUUCAGGAUCUCUUUGAAACAGCACCAGUAUGUCCGAGUGUCCUUGUUAUAUUGGAUGGCACAUCAUCUUCAAAUAUGUCAGCAUUGCUAGAAUUUAUGUACAAAGGUGAAGUUCACGUUUCACAGGACAGCUUGUCAAGCUUUUUGAAAGCAGCUGAAUGUUUGCAGGUGAAAGGUCUUUCAAUAGAGCAUGAGAAGCUGGCUGUAGUGCAUAGCUCCCAGGCUGGCUCUGUGAAUCAUGACAGCCAACUUGACUCACCCACUAACAGGAAACAGUCAAAGCUUAAUAGCUGUCUUUCGAAGGAAUCCCAUGAAGGAAACACCCCAGAACAGACACAGCAACAACAACAGCAGCAGCAGCAACAGCAGCAGCAGCAGCAGCAACAACAGCAACAGCAGCAGCAACAGCAACAACUUCAACAACCACCUCCACCGCCUCAACAGCAGCAACAGCAACCACAGCAACACCAUCAUCAUCAACCACAAACUCAACCACAGCAACAGCUGCACCAACAGCAUCCAUCUACCUCAUCAUAUACAACAGCAUUGUAUAUGCAUCCAUCACAUUACCGCUAUGAACAGAGAGUUCCAUUAUCUCCUUCCCAUUACGAUGCUCCUCCUCCACGUAAACGUCACCAUCGCAGCUCGUCGGAGGUAAUGCAAGAUGCAGCUGCUGCUGCUGCAGUACGCGCAUCCGUAUUGCGUGAUGGCAGUAAGCCAUCAGGGAAGUUGUCGCCGCUAUCACUGGCUUACCGUCCAUCAGGAAGUCAGCAACAGAACCAGCAACCACCUCCCCCUCCACCGCCGCCACCUGAGCCUGAACUCAAAUCUGAACCAGACAAAACUUAUGUACAGAGUCCUCACCAUAUGCGAUAUGAUUCUGCUGCUGAUCCAAAUCCUGCUGCCACACCUGUGACUUAUGACAGAACUGCUGCUGUGGAUGUCGACCCUUCAGAUCCUAUUGGCUCAGACAGCCGCCGAUCUUCAGUGGAUACUGGGAGCAGUUGUCCCGAAGAUUUGCGAGUGAAGUUGGAGAUAUCAGGCUCUCAUUCAGAAGACCAGCAUACUUCAUCUACUGCUAUGUAUGCAGAUACAAGUGCAGAACAAACACCAGAAAUGAUUCCAAUCAAUGUAUGGAACUCUGGUGCAAAUAUGAAGGUUUCACCGCAGAAGGGCAGCUCAAUUGCCACAGCAGAUGGCAAAAAACUGAAGUGCCCAUUUUGUGAGCGUCUGUAUGGCUAUGAAACGAACUUGCGGGCACACAUUCGGCAGCGUCACCAGGGUAUACGGGUUCCAUGUCCAUUCUGCAGCCGUACCUUCACCCGCAACAAUACAGUUCGUCGUCACAUUGCCCGUGAGCACAAAACAGAAUAUAGCUUGAAAGUGUUCCAGCAAGCUCAAGUCCAUAAUCACAACAACCAGUAAACUCAAGCCAAUCAACAGUAACAGAAAUACCUCAAACGAUCUUAUACAUAAAUAUAUUAUUGAUAUAUACAAAUCUAUAUAUAUAGAUAUAUAUAUAUUAUUAAAUGAAAAAUGUUAUAUUGUUUAAGGAAAUGUAAAACAGUGUACUGUUAACUGUUAACAGAUCUUUCUUUUUUUUCUUUUUUUUUCUCUUUAUUUCUUCAGAAUUCUUUCUUCUCACUGACAUAUAUCUGAGGACUAAUUGGCUCUCUUUGACACAAGAACACAAAAUUUUGUUAUUGCAAAUGACUUUUGCUUGCAACUGCAAACAUAUAUGACAGAAAGGGCUUUAUGAACUUCAUUGCUGUCCUCAUCUCGUUGCCCAAAGGCAGCAGUUUAUCUACAAUGGUGCCUCACUGAUAAGCUACAAAAUGAGAAUUUUUGAAUUGCAGUUGGUGGUAAAUUGUGUUCUGCUUUGAAAUGUACAUUUGAACUUCAAAUAAUAGUUUGAUUGUGUAUUUGUACAUUUAAUACAGUUAAAAUUUUAUCAAACCUCUUCUAGGGGUGAUGAUAAAACUGUUGCCCUCCAUAACUUGUGGUUUGCAAUUUUAUUACCAACUUGCAUUGCGUGUACAUACUAUAAACUUGUUCAAUUGCAUCCUAAACAUCUUGCUUCCAGUGGGCUUAAAGACCACAAGAGGGUUAUGUUUAAGAUACACUGAGCAAUUUAAAGUUGUACACAUUAUUUUGUUAUGAUAUUCCGUCAUUUAAAACAGAAAUUAUUGCCAUUUUCCUGUUAGAUAACUAGUCAUUGAAAUGUGCAACCUCACAUCUUUUACAUCUCAGGAAUCAGUAGUAAAUGAAGAUAUUUUUAUUUAUCAGGCCCCAUUCAGAUGGGUUAUCAGGGACAGUAAAAUAUCUAGUGCCAAAUCACCGCUAUACACAAUGUAUAAAGUAUUUUAUUUUUUAAAGAAUCUUUAGGAAUUUUGAAUAUGAGCUUAUUAUUGGAGUACACCCAGUAGAAGGAAGUCAGCUUACGUUGCAGUUGUAGCUUAGUUCACACAGCACUUCAGCAAUGCUAAAUUAUUAUGUCUUUCUGUCCUCACACCAGUCUAUUUCUUAAUGAUUAUUUGACCUCUUCUCAUCCUGUUUCUUUAAGAUAUUCUAUAUACACACAAUAUUUAUAUUCAUGUUUACUGUUCGCUCCUAGUCAAUGUUUUCCUGUAGUGUAUAGAUGUUUGUCAGUAAUUUGGUCAUAACAUUAUUUGUACACAGUUUAUAGAUUCCAGUUUACAUACAAGAAUAAUGUGCAUAUUCAUAUAUAUCCAUUGUUAUUAAUCUGUACAGUGUUUGACAGAUCUGAAAUGAUACAUUUCAUGACAGUUUUUACAGAACUCAGGAUCAAGCAUCACAAGAAUGCAAAAACUGUUAUUUUAUACAGCUAUUUUAAAUACUGCAUUUUCUAGGAGGUACUUUUUACCGAUGUCCUUAUAUUUUUCCUAUUUGAGGAGAAAGCCAUUGCUUGAUUUACAGUCAUGUUCUUGUUUGAUAGGUUUUCCCUAUGCAAUCUCAGGUAGUUGGCAUUUUAAAUGUCACAAGUGUAGGAUCGUAGCAACUUUUUAUUUGUUCUUUUUUGUGAAUGUGUAAAUUUUGAACUUGUAGAAACUAUAAGACGUAGUUUUAUUUCUUGGUGAUUUUUGUUGUUUGUAAUGAAACUAUGUUGUUACAGUUGGAAAGUGCAAGAAAAGUGAUUUCAGAGUUGUACAAGUGAAAGUAAUGUGUGUACCGAUCAUCAUAACACAGCAGUCAAGGUAGCACCUAAGCAGAUGUUAUAACUGCAAACAGUGUGAGAGAUAUGGGAGUGAAUGCUUGGAGAUGUGUGAAAUAGUCUAUCUCGAUUUUUGUGUUUAUGUAAUAUAAGAUCUAUAUUAUUACAUUGUUGAAAUAGCGUGUUAACAGUACAAAGACCAGUAGUCUGUGGUCUUCCUCAUUAAAGUGUCUUUUGCGUGCACCUUGUCAUCUGUGGUGCAAAGGAGUGUACAGUAGAAAUCACAUUGUUAUUUACACCAUAUCCAAACCUCUGUUGAGCAGAGAAAAAUCAGGCAUAGUGUCAUUUUCUUUACUGCAUAGUUUUGUGCAUGUGGGGAUGGAAAUUGGCUUGUGGGUUCUUUCUCACUUGUUUUUCAUUGUUGAUAAAUUUUUAUGUUUGAAGCAAUUGACAAUGCCUUUUAGAUUUUAUGUGUUUUGGUGCUUUUAAUCAUGGGCUAUGGUUAUUGGUUUAAGUAACAGAAUUUAGAUUUUAAUGUUGUUUGUUUUUAUGGAAGUCUUAUUUCUGUAUUUAUUUACUAACAUUUUACAGAAAAAUUUAUUAUUGGCCCUUUUUUAUACGUAAGAAAUUUGUUUGAUGCACUAUGUGCUUUGUGAUGAAACGGGUAAAUCAAAUUACUGGCAACUCUUCUUUACUAAGCAGGAGUAAUAACUUGCAUUUGUAUUACAGCAGUGUAUUGCAUUUGCAAUGUUGAAAGUAUUAAUGCUAACCUUUCUGACGGGUAUCUGUGAGUUGAAUUGUGGUGAAAUAUUGUUUCCUUGGAUUGACCUAGAAGAUGAAUUGGAAUACAAGGUUUCAAAUUACUAAGUAUUUCAUCUUUAAACUGGAUGUAACAUUACUGUACACCCAGUUCCAUGCUCACAUGCCCACAGUUUUCUAAAUAGUCAUGUAUAUAAUAAAUGGUCCUUUCUCCUUAUUUAUGGGAAGUGGGAAAUUGUUAUGACCAUUCCGUCUCAUUUAAUAGCUGCAAUCCACAGUAAAGUAGAUAUGUUUUGUGAUGCUGGGUUCAAGUUCUUUCAUCCUUGAACUGUCACUACAUUUUUAAGCAGGGUCAGCAGAGAACUGAAGAAAGUGAAUGAUUGGUUGAGGCUUUGUCGGUUACUUACCCAAAUUCUUUGGGAAAAGGACACUGUUACAGAAUUCAUGAUUAGAUGUGCUUUGAUUCGUUAACUGUAGAAUAACACAACAGAAAACAAUCUCAGGAAUUCAUUUCAGGGAUUUAAUGUUUCACAUAAUUGUGUAUUUUAUGUGUUUUAAUAAUAUUUUAUAUGAAUGUCACUGCUGUCUGUGCAAGUGAACUUGUUACAGUUGCAGUACACAUUUCAUUUGAAGUACAAAUUUUUAGAAACAAAUUUGGUAUUGUGUUAAACAAAUGUUCAAUGUGCUUUGUAGUAAAUGCACAGAUUUUAUUAUUUUGGCAAUUGUCAUAAUGUAGUUUUGUAGGCAGUAAUACACAAAGUGAUAUAAAAUAUUUAGUUGUGUAAUGCUAGUGUACGAAAAGUAUUUCACAGCUUUCUCAAUUAAUGUAUUCAUUUUUAGAGCCAAUAGUUUAAAUAAUGCAUCACUUUUUUGAAUUUAAGAUGAUUCCACAAACACUUGGUCUUACUAGUUUACUUUACCUAAUAUAAUCUCAGGGCACAGCUGAACUAGAUGCAAUAGCACAAAGCUACCUACCUCACUUUAAUACAUAUUCUUGGGUAUUGCAUCUGGUUCUCUGUCAAGAGCUCCAUUAAUGACAGAAAAUUUCUAUACGUCGUGCAUUAUUGCAUUAAAACAAUUGUACUAAUCACAAUCCUCCUUGUACUAUUGAUAUUCCUUUGAAAUGUUCUGUAUCAUUCUGAAUCUCCAGUUAUUAUGAACACUCAUCAUAUAUGUGUACAUUUCUUUCUUGAGACUGUCACAACUGGAACUCAGGUAAUUUUCAGGCAUUAUAUAUUUGUACAUGUGUGAGAAGUUACUGUCUCAGACAUACCAUGCUACCUCAAUUUACAUUUAAUAUAGUAUUACACAUUACCUCAGACUAGUAUUUAUAAUGACAUUUUGAUAUCCUCAGAUGGUUUAAUGCAGAUGUUUUGUAGCACAGAAACUUAACGUCCAUUGGGUCCAAUGAACAGGAGUUUGUGGAAUCUCUGUAUUUUUUUAACUUGUAUUCUUUUUAUCUUCUAGAUUGUGGUUGUUGCUCCACAUUUGUUAGAUACUUACAUUACUGGCUGGGUUUUGUUCCUUGAAAGUACAAAUUCCUUUUGAAAACUAUCCAGCUCAUUACAGAGUAACUAUUGCUAACACAGUAUCACAUUUUGCAGUUUUCACCACAAUUUGACAAUGUUCCGGUGCUAUUGUUACUGCCAGAGUUUGGAAAGGUUACAUUGCAGGUUGCAUCUAAUGCACUCUGGUUUCAUAUCUCCAAACUUUCUCAUAUAUUGCUUGCUUCCUAUAUCACCCCGUUUCUCGUGCUGCCUGGCAGAUAAUUGUCUUAUUUAUUGCAAAAGAAAAUAUACACAGAAUACAAAAGAAAUGUAAACUAUAUAUAAUAUUAAGGCAGAUAUUAAUGUCUGUGAACAAGUACAAGAUAAAUGCUGUACAAAUUAAGCAAACAUUUAAUGUAAUAUUUGUGUGUGUGUGUGUGUGUGUGUGUGUGUGUGUGUGUGUGUGUUUACAGCACACACUCGUGCUUAGCAAUGUGUGUGUGUGUGUGUGUGUGUGUGUGUGUGUGUGUGUGGAGAGAGAGAGAGAGAGAGAGAGAGAGAGAGAGAAUUUGAUUUUUUAAUAGAGGUGUGGCUGCUGAUAUUUUACUGGUGGGCUACAAAUUGCAAAUUUGUUUAUAAAUUUCAUUUGUUCUCCAUGUGUGUUGAUAUAAAUUUACACUUUGGAUUUUUAUAUGAAAAUUCUUUUGAAAAGUACAUACUAAAAUAACCUUGUCAUAGUCCUGGAAAACAAAAAACUAAACGGGUAAGUAGUCCUCACCAGUUGCUGUAAAUUCACAUUUGUGAAUAUAUAUAUAUAUAUAUAUAAAUAUAUAAAUAAUGUAGUUUUUCACACUUGGCACCAAUGUUGAUGGUUGAUAGUGAGUGUUCAGCUGUGGAAGGCCACUAGGAAUUAUCUGCAGUAUUCAUGACAUGGAUAUUAUUGUAGGUGGCCACUAGGUCAUAUGUACAGUAAUGGCUUCAAAUGAGUCGUUAGCUUUGUAUAUAAGAGUCUUUUUCCCCGAAGAGAUUUUUUAAAUCGCUCAAAAAAAGUGGUGUUGCUGCACCUUAAUUUGUGGCGUGGUAUGUGGAAAAAUGAUGCUGGUCCUGUGAUUGUGGGGGACUUGCAUGUCUGUCCCAUCCACCUUGUUGUAUGCUAUUAAAUAAUGUGUGUGUGUGUGUGUGUGUGUGUGUGUGUGUGUGUGUGUGUACACCCAUGCCAGUAUGAAAAACAAAUGAUUUUUUAUAGGCAAUGAUAACUCUCUCUUCUGUGUGUGUGUGUGUGUGUGUGUGUGUGUGUGUGUGUGUGUGUGUGUGUGUGUGUGGGCGCGCGUGCGUUUGCAUAUUUGCAACAGACAUAGGUAAUGAAUGAAAAUAAUAAAAACUAUAUGUGGGGAGUGAAACCCAGUCAUCAUUGUCAAUGUAUCUUCAGUGAUUUUUUUAUACCAGUGACCUUAGUUUCAGAUGUAAUAUAUGUAAUUGUUUUUAUUAUUAUUUGAUGUUUAUUUUAUUGGGUAAUAUCUGUUGUACAGUCAUAAAUAUAGAGCUGUGCAUAGUUGUAAGAAAAUUAAAAAAAAAAAAUGUGUGUACAUGUAUAGUUACACAAAUUAUCAGUAAUGGAAUGUGAAUUAUAUUAACUGGAUCUAUGUGAUUGUUGAUUUUAAGCCUAUUGAAACCAAAAUUUGUUAUGUAUGGAAAUGCUUGUAUUACCCAGUCUUUUUUUUAUAUACAAAAAAAGAAACAGGAAAUUAUUUCAGGGGGUGUGAUACACACUCCUCCUCAUCAGUGUUGCAUCUUGUUACUUGCUCUUAGAUUCAAUCCAGUGUUCAGAAAUUCUGUACAUUGCUUUCAGAUUUGAAAUAUAGUGAAAUUUGUAACAGCUAUAAAAUUAAGUGCAUUGUAUAAUCUGUGUGAAAAUAGGUGUAAAAAAUAAGCAUUUUCUUUGAUAUGUUACAACUUCAAAAAACUUCUAUGCUCGGGUUGUUUGUGUCUUUCAUGUUGGAUAUGUUAAAAAAAUAUUUGCCAUGUAUAUUGAACAUUUUAAAUGUCUUCAUGUUUCGAUGUCUUGUCUUUGCUAAUGAAGAAAAAUCAAAUGAAUUAUUAAUACGGACAAAGUAUAUUACAAUAGUCUUGAGAGUUGCACAACUUCACACACUUGUAAUUAUCUGCUGCACCAAAUUUUUAGUUUUGAAAGCGAUUGUGACACCAUAAAACAUAUAGUUUGUUUAUCCAACAAAGUUACUCUAGAUAUUUACUUGUUGAUUGUGGAUUAGAUACAGAACUUUGCAUGAAAAAUUAAAAGUAUUGUGAAGUGUUCUAGGUGUACACAGCAGACAACAUGCUGUUGCCAAAUAUUGUUUGUAAUCACACCAUCAUCCACAGUGCUGAUUAGUGCACAUGUGUGUGUAUGUGUUUUAAGUUUUGGUACCAUAUUCCAAACAAAUAUUUUGUAUUUGUAAACAUUGUGAUGUUGCACUUCUCAUGUUUUCAUUCUUGCUGUCAUUUAAAUAAGGUUGAACAAUCAUCAUUCUGCUAUAUUACCUUCAGUAACCAAGAAUGUCACACAAAAAUAAUGCUCAGAAAAGAAUUUCCUGCAAGGAAUUUCAUCAGUGUGUGAAUGGGUGCCAUUGGUAAUGUUUUGCUUCAUUAGCAAUGCAACUGAAUUUGCCUGUUAGACACUUGAUGUUUUAUGUUACUCAAUAGUGUGUCAUCCUACUUUAUUAAUGCAAGUUCAUGUACACCUUAGCAGGCACAUCAGAUGAAUCUAAAAAAAAAAGAAGGUAUAUGUUUGGCAGAAAAUUUGUCAUCGCCUAACAUUGAUUCUGAUGGGUGCCUUAUAGGUAUGAUUGGCACAUUAAUUUACCUAUAAAAACUGGUGCCAUGUACAAAUUUACAUUACAGUUUCUCAUGUAAUGUAUAACUUAUUUUUUGGAUCUCCCUACUAGAAAUUAAAUAUUAACUUACAGGUGACAUAAAAUUGCAUUAUUAUGUGGAAUGUGGAUAGUUAUUGUUUUUGUCUGUAAUGUGUAUUGGAUAUUUACAAAAAAUUGCAUUAAUGUUUGAUGGUAUUCAAAUAUGUGUAUUGAGAAACUUUAUUAUAAUAUAUGUGAACACAAAUAAAUAAAGAACAUGGAUUUUUCGGUAUAUGUAUCCAUAGUUUAAAUGAGUAUGCACCUGUACAUGAAAUAAUUUCUUGUACCAAAUUUAACCAUUUUUAACAUUUAACAAACAUACCAUUUUUCUCAGGGUGUAGGUGUGAAUAAAAGUCUGUGAAAUAUUUGUGACUAUAACAAAAAUAAAGCACAGUUCGGUUUGCUAUAUGACUAAAUGACUCCUUUGUCUUGUUACGAUAACAGAUAUUUUUUCUUUAAUUUUAAAAAUUCCAUAAAAAUCACUGGACUGUUGACUAGCUUCAGUUCUUGUGUCCUUUGCAAAUUAUGCUGCAGCAUCAAACUAAAUUGCAUAUUCCAGUGAUACAACAGAACAUAAUGAAGCCUUUCAUUCACACCUCUGUCUUAAUACAUUUUAAGCUUCUGAGAGCAGUUUUCCUGACUGCAGUCCACAGAGAGUAAUUUUUUAUGAGUAUCAUGACAUGAGUUAUCAUUAUGACUAUGUAAAUAAUGAUAAAGUUAUAUGUUUAUUUGAUGUAUGUAUUAAAUCAACACUAAAAUGUUCUACUGUUGUUAAAAUUGUAUGUUAAAUUUUGUUUAUUUGUACUAAGUUGUUCAUUGUUCUGUGUGGUAUUAGAGUACCUGUUGCUGUACUAUCUUACUACAAUGUGUGAAAUGGUACAGCAACAUUACUUUUUUCUUUGUCAUCAGGAUGUAUUGAUUAUUAAUGACAGGAAAAUUAUAUUCAUCUUGGUGCCUGAAGCUAGUAAAAUUAUAGUGUAAAUUUGAUCAUUUUCAGUCAAACUAAGUUUGAUAAAAAAAAACUGGUACUAUAACUAUUAAAAAACGUUACAUUGUAGUUAUGGAAGCUCUUGAAUGUUUCUGCUAGUAGGCAUGAUACUGCACGCUUUCUGGUGUUCUCAUUGUGUAGUCGUAAUAGGAGAACAUUGUAAGUGUGUUGUAUUCUUGAGGAACAGUAGUUCACAGGUCUGUAAUUGAAGGCACAGUUCAAUUGCUGACAUUAAAGGCUCUACAUGAACCUCAGAAACUGAAUCGAUUUAUAUUUGAAAUGGAUAUGUUAGUUUGGUUUUGCCACACCUUUUGCCCCACAGCAUUAUUAAAUCAAACAUUAAUUUUUACAUUUGCAGUUAACAACUUGCAUUUUAACCAAUUAAAAUCCUCUCUUUAUAGGGGAUGUCUAUUUCCUAGAAUUUAAUGCUAUUUCCAUUCACAUAGCAGGUUUGUUUGCGUAUUUAUUUAUUGAAUCCAUCUCUCCCCCCCCCCUGCCCAACCCUCCCUCCCCCACUUGUAAUGGAAUUAUAGAUGAUGAGAGCUAAUGCAUUAUAAUUAACAUUAACUGUAUCACAUUUGGUAUCAGUGUGAGAAUGAGUUACAGUCCAUUUCCCCUAGAAGACAAAUUUGAUUAAGUUUUUGACCUGCACAGUCUGCAAAUCUAGCAAUUGACUUGUGCCUUUUCAAGUACUCCCUUAUGCUCUGAAUGUGCUCAAAAAGUGGACUGCUUAGUUGUCAGAACCAAGCUUGGUAAUGACCUACAAAAUACUGAACAAAUAUUUCAAUGUUGAUAUGAAAUUUAUUUUUAAAAAUAAAGCAAUUAUUCUUAAAGUGUGUUUGGAUGUAAAAGUUUUUGAAAUUUUGAUGUACCAUAAAUGGGCUCAUUAUCCAUUAACCAGAAUAUUUUAAUACAAAGUUUCCUGAAGAUUAGUGAUGGACUAGAACUGCCAAAGCUACUUUUUGUAACUUCUAGUUACUUUACCUUGUAUUGAGGUGAAUGUUUCUGGUAAAGAAACUGAAGUAUUCUAGGCGUAAGCCAUAGUUGAGCUGAAUAUUCUUCUUGGAGAAGGUGGAUAAUGAUGUCCCAUUCUACAUAUGUGACUUAAUUACUUUAAAAUUAGUGUUAUUGGCAAGUAGGUGUUAGUUUUCGGUAUAUUCUAAAAUUCAUUCGUGUUGAAAUUCCACAAAUUAAUUGUUCAAAAAAAAGAAAAAGAAGAAGAAACAGAAAAUUGAGCAUCUCACAACAUAUUAUUUUUCUUUUACACUUCUUUGUUGAGCAAUUUUCUUGCAGCACUUUAAUUUCAUGAUGACUGACCACAUUUAAAUGUUUCAAAGGGCUGCUUGCUCCUCAAAAUACCUGAAUUGCAUGUGCAACAUAAAAUGUGAUCCAGUAGCUGAAGUGGCUUGUGCAUAGUGGGUGGAAAUUAUUCUAAUUUUCUGUGAUCUUCCAUUACAUAUCCAUCUUAUGUUGUAUAUUUGCAAUCACACACCCUCCCCCCUCCCCCUCAGAAAGGUCUGCUGUCUCCCAACACAUCUUUACACAUACAUUAAUCAUAUACCAUAGUCAAAUUAACUGUGACUCACAAAAGUAUACCUGCACACAUUCAGUCAUUAGUUACAUGUUGCAUCUUACGUUCCAUUAUAAAACUGUAUAAGUGGUGCUGUGUGAAAUGUGUGUUCUUUUAAUUGUUUUAAUUAUCAGAAGAAAUAUGUUUCAGUUGUUGAAACUUAUUCUUGUACAGCAUGUUGUUUUCUCACUUUUGGGACAUUUAUCCUCAGUAAAUGUGCAAUAAUUUUUGUGCAUGGCAAAUACUCCUUUUUAAAGUCUUCGAGAGGGUUGCAGUGAAGUCUACUUUCUAUCUAUAUCCUACUGGAAUGAUUAUAUCAGGUUCUUGUCAUAUUGUGCACUUCCUCACUUUUGAAAAUAAAAUAUGAGGAAGAUGCAUUUUUCCUAAAACUCGUAAUUGUGUAAGACUUCAGAUAUUAUGCUCCUCAUUAAUAUCAGCCAGCCUCAAACUUAUUCUGUACAUUGAAAAUUCUCAAAUUGAGAGAGUGGUAGUGAUACUCCUUUUCAAUAAAAGAGGGGAGUGCAAUAUAUCCUUCUGGGAGCUUAAUUUUAACUAUUGAUGCAUUAAAUGUGGUCAGUGUUGCUAAUGUUUGAUGACAACUAUACUCAAAGGUUAUUUGUGUAAAAGGGGGAAGGAAGCAAAAACAGAUAUGCAUGUUCAUUGAAAGAGUUCUUUGCUGAGAUUUGGUAUCGAGUUUUCGGCGAUUGUUUCAGGUUUGCAAUGAUCAUGCCUUGAAUCAUUUAAUGGUAUGUAAUUUGCACGAGAUGUAAUAAUAAUUACUGUAAAAUGAAAAAAAUGAGUGUUUUAGUUAAUUUGAAAGUAUUUACAGAUUACUAAUAAACGUCUGUUGCUAAUUGUAUAAAUAUUUCCUUUUGUUUCCAUGCUACACACUGCCAUUUAUUUUAAAUCUACCUCAGUCCAUCAGACAUUGUCAAACAGAGUCAUUUAUCAAAUUAUUAUGUAACACAAAUAAAUAUUUUCUGCCA